CGUACGAAGAGCGAGGUCACGAUAUCAGCAAAAGAUAUUUACAACACACGGAUAGCCUAUAGCCGAUUUGUGCGUUGCUUGAUGUCAGUGUUUGCUUUCCAAUGUCAAUAUUGUCAUUUCGUGUGUAACUAAGAUGUGGCGUUUUAUCAUAAUUGCAGUUAAAGUUAGCACAAUGCCGCGUGGGAGAUCAGCAGUCAGCAUCCUCUCGGACAGCAGUGAGAUGGACAUCGAUGGGAUUGCGGAGGCCGAGCUGGCCAAGCUUCAGCGGCAGUUCCGCAUCAUGGAGGGAGACCGGCAGGCCUACAGCGUCGAGACCCAGAAUCUGAUCCGCAGGCAGCUGCAGGAGAUCCAGAAGCUGCAGAAGGAGCAGGAGGAGGUGCGGUGCAGCCUGCGGGUGUCGGGGAGCAGCCUGCGGCGGGUGCAGGACACGGAGGCCACGCACAGCCUGCGCUGCACGCUGGAGCGCAGCGACGAGCUGCAGGAGCUGCUGCAGCGCGAGAGGCAGGCCGCCGCACAGCUGGACCAGGAGAUUUUCAUCAUGGAGAAGCGGCUGUCAAAGCAGAGGCGUGCGAGCAGUGCGGUGAGCCUGAACCAGAAAGGGCAGGUCAGCCAGACGCAGCAGGCCGGCCUCACCCUGGAGAACAGGCUGCACAGGGCCUCGACCGGGUUCAACAAGCAGCUGGCGAAGAUCGGCAGCCUGAGGGCAGAGCUGGAGACCCUCCACGUGGAGCGGAACCGGUUUCAGCAACUGUACCGCAGGCUGGCCAAGGAGCUUCAGGAGAUACGCAAGGACAUCGGGGAUGUAAUUGGUCAAUCCACAUCCGCCUACGACGCCAGGGUGGAGGCCCAGUCCAAGACCGUGACGCUGAACGAGAAGGCGGUGAAGGACCUGGCGCAGUACAACGUGGAGAUGCAGGAGCUGGAGAGGAUCAUCGCCCACGAGCACCGGCUCAAGACCUUCAUGAACAUCAAGAACCAGGAGCGGGCCGACGAGGAAGCCCAGGACCAGAGCCGCAAGCAAGCCACAGUGGAGAGGGAGAAGAGGAGGACUGAGCCCGGGGAGGAAAGCAUGGCCUCGCUGGAGGAAGCGUUCCAUCGCAUCCAGCGCAUCACCGGGGAGGAGGACCUGGACCUGCUGGUCAUGAAGUUCAUUGAGGUUGAGGACCGGAACUUCGCCCUCUUCAACUAUGUCAACGAGCAGAACAACGAGGCUGAGACUUUCAGGGACCAAAUCAGCCAGACCCAGCAGGAGAUGGCACAGUUCCAGGAGCAGGGGCAGAGGCAGGAGAGAGAGAGGGGGGCCCAGCUCAGGGAAACGGGGGAGCAGCAGGAGGAGACAGAGCAGCAGUGCCAGGCCUACGAGCAGCGCUGCACCGAGCUGGCCAAGAUCCUGGACCAGCUCAAGACAGGAGUGAGCGGGGUGUUUGAGAAGAUGGGCUGUGAUCGCUCAGUGAUAGAGGACAUGCUGGGGUCCUCCAGCGGAAUGAGAGACAGCGACAUCAUCACCUACCUGGGCCUGGUGGAGCAGAAGACCAACGAGCUCCUCACCAUACAGUCCUACCUCAUGUCCAAGGACCUCGACACUGAUUACGACCCUGAAGAUGUGGCCCGGGUCCUGCUGGGUCAGAGUCCACAACUUACCCGACAGAAUCUAUCCAUCCUGCCCCCCACCAUCGGAGACACGAUUGACCCGGAAGAGUCGUCCCUCACCGACGAGGAACGCCCCCUGACGAGGAACGAACUCCAAGAAAGAGUCCUGAAAGGGGUCCUGCGUAAGGAGAAGACCACCCGGCCAGAGCUCAGACAGCCCAAGGUCACCGUGGUGACGGGCAACCGCCAGCGCCUCUCCGAUGUCUGACACGGCUGGACGCACGCACCAAGCCCCCUCUCCGUCCCGCGCACCCCAGUGCGACCAUUUUCAAUCUUCUACCGCAAUCAGCCAAUCAUGGCUCAGCUCCAGUGGGCUCACUAGCCAAUCACAGCUCAGCUCCAGCCGGCCCUCUUUUUUUGGCACCACAGUAAUGAACACUGUUAUGGGGAUAUUUUACUGACCUUUUUCAGGAAUAAUCUAGACAAUUGUUUUUUACAACAGAUUUAUCUUUCCGGAACCUUCAGCUUUAAAAGUUUCCCGCCGCCCAUUAUACGGUGAUUUUAGUGCAGAGUCUCAGCUAUUAAAGGAUCUAAGGGCUUUCUGAGGAAUUGUACAAUAAUAAUUAUCUAUAAGCUUCCCCUGAGUGUAUUCACAAAGAACAGGAGGAUAACUCCAUUACUGUACGAACACUUAUGAGAUUAUGUGGUUACUAGGAAAGCCACAUGAUAUUGAUACUUGCCGAGAGGUUUAUUCCAAAUAUGGGCAUUGGUUCCGCCAUGGGUUCCACCAAUGAGCUCUUGAGCCCCGACAGUCAGAGGAUCACGAACGUCGCAAAAGCCGAUGUUACAGUUAAGCUCAUUCUGUCACCCAUUGUUUCAAUGAUUAAAUAAUGUUCAAUAAUUAUGCUGCCAGAUGAAAAACUACCUAAAUAAUCCAUAAAAUAACAGUGAAUGUGUUAAGUACAGGGUGAAUUAUAUACUUAAAAUACAACUUGAUUGCUUUUACAGUGACGUACAGCAGCUAAAACAGAAUCUAACGAGCAGUAAUUAAGUCCCUAAUAAAAGUGAACAAUUGCUGAUCACUAUCUGUAUCAAUAUCAAUAUGCAUUUAUCAGCUGAAAACUAUCAAUGCCAUUGGAUAUCAAUUUACUCCUGGCUGAGUUAUAGGCCAGUUUCAUCGACACAGAGUAAGCUUAGUCCUGGACUUUUUGUGCGGGGAAUCCCGCAUUCAAAAUUCAAAUUUAGUCUGGGACUAAGUUUAAUCUGUCUGCAAAACUGGCCCCACGACAGGUCUGUGCCAGGGGUAAAUGUUUCAUCUGAAUAAAUCUCCGUUUAAGAA